CCUGAUUCCUGUGAGCUCAGUGUUUUUCCUCUCACACUGAAGAUGAGUGGUUAUGAGGCGGAGCCAGUGAAAGUGAAAGUGUUCAGACUCGUUCUAACUUCAAGGAGCAGACGGAGGAGACGUGAAGUCUGAGGCUGCACAGACCUGAAAUGGAAGAUCCGAGGAGAUGUUCAACUCUGUCGUUCUCUUUCAUCCUCUGCUUCACACUGUGGCUCACGCCUGGAGAAACCUACAACUUUUGGGAUCAGUGCAUUGACGAAUGUCCAACGAAGAAUUAUUUCACCUCCACGUACAAUGUGCAAUGUUCCGACAGGUGUGAAAAGCGCGGUUCUGACUACUACUGGUGCUAUUCCUUUAAGGGCUGGGACUACUGCUCACCAGUAGAGAACAUUGAUUACAAAGGCAGCCACUGUAACAAUGCCUGUGGCAAACAUGGAGAAAGAUACAACUGGUGUAAGUUGUCGGGAGGAUCCUGGGGCUAUUGUGGUCGGGUGGAGCCGAGGGCAAUGAUUUACUACACCAGGUAUCAGAGACAAUGUGUUGACAGCUGUCAGUACUAUGAGUCAGAGGAAUACUUCUGGUGCCAUGAUGGAGAUGACUGGGAGUACUGCUCACCUCUACAAGACCACACCUACAAGAAUGAGCCGUGUCGCUUCAAUCACCAGUGUGGAAGCUAUGGUGAGAGUUACACCUGGUGCUACACAACAGACAACAACGACUGGGAUUACUGUGGAGUGAUCGGUCCAGGAGAGUGUGUGUUUUCACAGACGUCCCGCGCCAAACGACAACCCGAUAAUCCAAAAGUGAUCUGUACCAGGGAAGACAAAGACAACGACAUCAGGAUAGUGACCACUUUCAGAGAAGAAGGAUCUUCUAGUAACAUCGCUCCAACCAAUAAAGCUUCACGCAAAAAAGCCCUAGACUUAAUUAACAAAUGGAAAAAUCAGGGCUUGAUUGACAACGGUAAGUCCAAGUCCAACUUGAUAAAGUCUGAAUAUUUUCGCAUUGACAACCAGGGAGCUUUCACCAGGAACAAUCAGCGAUAUUACAACCUGCAAAUCCAGAUCAACGGACCACGUCGUCUUGGAUGCAGCACCAGUGUGGCACAUAUCAUAGUUCCUGUGGACACGUCAGCUGAAUACAUGCGUUUGGCCUUCACACAGAGUUUGGAGCUCGGGGUUGGUGUGUUGUUGGAAGUCAAUGAAGCAUCCACCUCCACAAACAAAAACCAGAAGUGUUGUAGACGACGUAAACAUUAACGUCACUCAAACGUGUGUAGCUGAUGAUUGUGACAGACACACGUUAACUGCCUCAUGUCAGAGGCAGAAUGAGUGAGUGAAGCUCUCAGUUAGCAGUAGUUGUGUCUUAAUCGGUUUUCAAUCAGUCUUUAUCAAUAAUCGCUCAAUACCAGAGAAUGAUUUGUAUUAUUUGUCUUCUUAGUGCUUCCUGAUGAUGAAGUGGUUCUGUUGGCUUCAUCGGGCCGGGACCUCUCGUGCUCACUGCGGCGGUUUGUGUAGUUCUACUGAUUAACACAAGUGUUCUGCAUCAAAACAAAUCAAUGACACAUCUCUGCUUUAGUUUAACGAACAUUUUAUUCUGCAUGUUUUAUUUUGAAACUCUGAGUCUCGUGCGUUUCUGUGAGAUUGUUUCCUACAGUUUGUGGUUUCACGUUCUUGCCAAAUCGUCCAGUGUUCGGACAAUUAUAAGAUUUAAGAUCGUUUCAACUGUCGUCGUGUCUGAAAUCUUUCGUCCCUCUAUUACAAUGUGAAACCAGAACUAACCAGUUGAAACUAUGGAACAAACACAUGAAGCUUCAGAAGCUCAGUGAGAAAAACAUCUUCAAAGAGUCUCUGACUGAAACGUUGAUCAUUUCACUCAGAUUGGAGUGAGUGGAGGAGUCUUAUAAUGUGUUUAUUUUUGCUUUAGUGCUGAUACUGAGUCUGAUGUUUGUUUUCCUCUGUUAAAUGAAAUAAAGCAGUAACUAUAAUGUGCCUCACAGCUGAUUUAUAAACUACCUGUGUGCUUGUUGGAUGAUUUACAGCUGAAUAUCGAGCUCAGGCUGACGGGAAGAGUCGCUCAUCAAAUAUGGAAUUUGUCCUCUGCUCUCUGAUCAGACUCAGAAACGGGGUCAGCAGUGAUGAACCAACAUCCACAACAACCUACUGAUGUAAUCUAUAUAAUCAAAUCUAUGUAAAAUACAACACUGAUUUUCAUGAUGGUCUCUUUUUUCUUAUUAAAGCUUUGCUCAGCAUCAA